AUGGAAGUCGAACAAACGAGGGAGCUCUUCGCUCCACUAAUUAAACAUCCAGAAAUGAAGGACACUCUUUUGGAACGACCUCCCUUCAAGUUUAUACAUGAUAUUGUCAAAGAAGUUGUCAAAGCUACCGGUUACCUCAUCAACACUUUUAAUGCAGAUGAGCUGGACUACAAGAAAGUGUCAGCUUCUAAAGUAACAAAAGCCGAUUUUUUGAAAAAACUCAAAAGCAACGUCAACAAUGACGGCUCAUUGGAUUCGGUGAAUGUGUCCAAAAUUAUUGCCGGAAAAGAACCAGAAUUGACCAACCUUUUACUACAGAAGUUGGCAAUCAAUGCAGCGGAGUCAAAUGUAGCACCGGCUACAAAAGUGACAAAAACAAAGUCAAAGUCAAGUGAUAGGGACAAAUCAAAAGAAAGGAAAAAGAAGACAGAAGAAGAGGACAAGAAGAAGUCAAAGAAAGACAGGGAUCGAGAAGUUGAACGAGAGAAACGACGUCUAUCAAAGGCAUCAAUUAUACUGUCAGAAGCUGGUGCUAAAGAGGCUAAACCCAAAAGUCGGUCAAAGUCAAAGGACAGGAAGUCUAAAGAUAUUAAGACCAAAAAGUCUGACCGGAAAGAAGAAACUAAAAUUGAUUCUCCAAUUAUACGAGACGAUUCCUCACCUCGGCGUGAAUCCAGUGGAGGCACUUCUAAAGGUGAAGAUAGCGGAAUUGCGGAAGAAUCUGAAUUACACGAUACUGCGCGUCAAUCCAGACGCGUAUCAGCUUCUUCCAACCGAGAUUUGAGUAAUGCUGAUCCAGUGACAAUAAACGAAGUACCAGCAGAUCCUGUUCAAAUACCCGAGCCUCUAGAAGUACCACCUUCUGAAUUCAAAAGGCCAACUACUGCAUCAGGACGUCCAGCAACGUCAAUGGGUCGGCCAGGUACAGCAGCCGCUCGACCUGCUCCACCAAAAGUCAAAAAGACAAAAGUUGCGGACAUUGAUCCGGUCUCUGUAAGUCAACAACCAAUCGCUUUUGAGAAGUCGGCCGUGAUUUCCGAGGAGCCAGCGCAAAAGGAAGAAGAUGAUGGGUUUUUGAUAGACGAAGACGAAUCCAGAGAUUUGGGUGCUACAGUAGACGGGACAAACAUAAGCGAUUUAAAAGCGGAUUCUCAGGAUCACGGUGCACUAAUUAACAGGAUAAUAGAGAACACCAAAGAGCUUGAGAAGGACGGAAUGGCUGUAGAAGAUAUGGAAUUUGAUUUACAUGAACACAAAAAGAUGCGUUUGGAAGUAGAAGGAGUUCAACGGUCGCUACAGAGCUCAGCACAGUCUGUGCAGCCAUUAACAAGGACGUUGGAGUUUAUCUCUGAAGAUUUGUCGUUUUUGUUGAGAGAAGUGGAGACAAAUCGACAAACAGCCACAGAAGUCAAACGGAAUGUAGUGGAAUUGAGAUCACAAAAGGUGGACGGGAUUGGGUCAGGCUAUGCCCAAUUAAGGAAUCUGGAUGAUGAACUGAAGGAUGUCCGUAGCCAAAUUACAAAAGUCAUGGCUCAGAUCCUGGAAAACGAGAAACAGAUCAACGAGCUUAUGAUGAAUAAUUAA